GGGCGCGCAUCCUGAGAGGAAUACAGCUCACAGCAAGCUCUAUCUUGGGUCUGUCGGAAAAUCCUAGCAUGGCGUCUGAACAGGGGAAUGCGGCCGAGCGACCGCUGACUUUCUUCGACAUAACCAUUGGGGGCAGGCCUGUAGGCCGCGUUAUCUUCCGCCUCUACUCGGACUUGGUACCAAAGACCGCGGAGAACUUCCGUGCGCUCUGUACUGGCGAAAAGGGCGUCGGCAAGUCUGGGAAGAAGCUGAGCUAUGAGGGCUCGUCUUUCCACCGUGUUAUUCCUAAGUUCAUGGUACAGGGUGGCGACUUCACUGCUGGCAACGGAACAGGAGGGGAAUCCAUCUAUGGGGAGAAGUUCGAGGAUGAGGGCUUCCCCGUGAAGCACUCGAAACCCUUCUUGCUGUCCAUGGCGAAUGCAGGACCCAAUACCAACGGCUCCCAAUUCUUCAUCACCACCAUGCCCACCCCGCACCUCGACGGCAAACACGUCGUCUUCGGCGAAGUCGUGAAGGGCAAGUCCGUCGUGCGGCAAAUUGAGAAUCACCCGACCAGCUCGGGCGACGUGCCCACCGAGCCCAUCAUCAUCGCCGCGUGCGGCCAGCUGUCCCCGGACGACCCGUCGCUCACCGCGGAGCCCGUCGCGGCGGACGGCGACCCGUACGAGGACUUUCCCCAGGACGAGGAGUCGAAGGACACGGAGAACCCCGAGGUGGUGCUCCAGAUCGCGAAGGACAUCAAGGACCUCGGUGCGAAAUUGUGGAAGGAGGGCAAGGUGGACGCUGCCCUGGCGAAAUGGCAAAAGGCACUGCGCUACGUCGACCACAAAUACUUCGACAUACCAGAUGACGCGCCGCCAGAGCUGAAGGACUCGUACCACAUCCUCCUCUCGCCUCUCUUACUCAACAUCGCGCUCGCAGCGAUCAAACUGGGCGGCUCACACAACGCCACGCUUGCUAUCGAGAGCACCGACCGCGCGCUCGAGCAGAUGACGCUCAAUGAUGCGGACAAAGCGAAAGCGCUGUAUCGUCGAGCCUUGGCGCGCAGUCUCGAGAAGGACGACGAAGGCGCGGAAGCGGAUCUUCUUGAGGCUACGAAGCUAGUGCCUGAUGAUAAAGCGAUUGCCGCCGAGCUCGCGAAGGUGAAGCAGCGGCAGAAGGAGAAGAGGGAUAAGGAGAAGAAGCAAUUCAAGAAACUGUUCUCAUAGAUACUGUAAUUCUACCUAAUCACGUGUAUCCAGGAAGCAAUAGAGGAAUCGUCGGCAAUUUACUUCCACAU